CAGGCGGAGUGUCGCCGAGUUGGUGGCGGGAACGGCGUACGGUGAAAGGUGUGCAGCAUUGUUUGCUCUAUAUUAGCACAGACGAAACGUUCCCUUGUCUCCAAAGACAUUUAUAAGUCAGUUUUGUGUAUUGCAUUUUUAUUGUAGUUAGCUGCUUGGUGUACAUUUUAUUUCGCUAUAUUUUGUGUGCAUGGAAUUCGUCACAGUUUAUUUAUAUUUAAAAUACUUCAUGUUUUUAAAUUAUUAAUAAAAAGAAAAUUAAGUAUAAAAAAGCAACUGGUCAAUGAAGUAAUAACACAAACACACAAAUCUAUAGGUUUCAUUACAAUAAUUGUAGACUCAUUUAAAUAUAUUACAACAAUUAAUAAGCAUAUAUUUCCUUACAAAAAAUAUUGAAAUCACAUCACAACGCUAUGCCGUCCACUGAUUUCAAUAACGAAUAAGAGUACAUAUUCUAAAAUAACUUCAACGUUUUCCCGAAAACAUUUUUAUUCUUUACUAAAAUAAUAUGUAACAAAUUGUUUUUGUUUACAAAUUAUAAGCAAAUUUGACAGAUUUCUACGUUGCCGCAUCUAAUUCAUUCUCUGAUGACGUUGCUGUAGCAGUUUUGUCUCUACCUUUCCUGCCUGGAACCCAAAGCAUAAGCCAAAAUCUGAGAAGAAGCUGUUUCAAACAAGAAAAAUUUCACUUAUAUUCUCAUACAUACUUAUAUUUUCAAAAAUUAUUUAUUUUAGACGUUUCUUUACACUCCUUGUUGUUUUAUUUGCGUUACUGAGAUCACAAACAUACGUACAUAAAUAGUUUUCGUCUUCUUGUUUCACUUUUCCUUCAAGGCCAAACUGUUUGUUGGCAAAGCGCGAUUUAUUGUAACUUUUCGCAACUACCGUUAUAAGCAAGAUGUGUUUCUACACAAAUAACUAUCAUUAGCAUUUCUCUUGUAUGAACUUUGACAUUCCCAUAGAUUUUUCUUUACAUAUAUGUAUACAAAUGUAUAUAUGUAAUUAUGUAUGUAUGCAUUUUUACGCGUUGAUUUCCUCAUUUGCAUGCCUUUUUCAUUUGCGACCGCAGACGAAAUGACUCCACGACACGCACACCUUUUAACUGCUGCGCCUUGUGAUGGCCAGUUAAAAUAUUGAGCUCUUUGCAGCAAUUCCUUUUCCUUUCUGACGUGGACUGAUUAGUUGUGCUGUAGUCGGUAGCUUAAUUUGUUGGCUGACAUUUCCGUAACGUCAGCAAAAAACUGUAAAUGGAAAACACGCGAAUAUAAGUUGUAUCCUUGGUUGUAAAUACAUAUAUAUGUAUACUAAUUUUUAUUUCACUAUAUUUAACUUAAAUUUUGUUUUUUGGGGUGUGUACAUUAUAAAUAUUUGUUGUUGAUAUUUACUUUUGUUCUUGAACUGUACAACUUGUUAAUGAUUGAGAAUUCAUUAUAUGUAUGUACAUUAAGGUUCAUACAUGGUUCUUUAAAUCUAAAAAAAAUACUUAAAAAUUAAACGAUUUAAAUUAAUUUGAACUUAGUACCAAGUUGACAAUCAAUGAUUUGACUCCAAAAUUUGAAAUUAAUUCAGACAACCCCUGUCUUUGGUAGUAUUAUGCCCGAUUGUUGUCUAUAAAAUAAAUUAUUAAAUUUGACUUUAAAGUGUCAUCCUAAUAUGCAUAUAUGUGUGUAUGCUAGAAGUUAUCUACUGUGUCUAGUCAUUGCUCUGAAAUCAAUAAUAUCUAUUUAGAAUUGAUGAAUAGUCUGUCUAUCCUGUGGUUAGUUUGUCACUGAAAUCUUAAAGGAGAGCACUGUUUCUUGCCGGCUAUGACUAAGUUAUAUUCGUUUUUUAAUUUAAAGUUCGGACUCUGUUUAACUUCUUGUCCGUGCGACAAUUUAAUUGAAGAUUAUGAAGUCGACACCGCCGAGGAUACCGUCAAAAAUGAGGCUGAGCAUACCACAGCGUGUUCAGUAAGCAAUUCAUGUGAGAAAAUAUAAAUGUGAAGGCAAAUGUGAAACUGUCCAUUUAAAUCAAAGUUUGUUUUAUUCAAUUUUCGGACGGUUUGAGUAAUUUGGUUUUAAUAGCCGAAUUUUGAGGAUCUCAGGGAAAUUGUGUUUUUAUUUCAAAAAUGACGAGAGCUGCAUGUGGUGUAAUAUAGCAUUUUACUGCUUAAAACUAAUAUUAUUUUGUACACUUUAUACAUUAAACAGUCAGUCUGUAUAAGAAUUUUUUCCACAUAUCUUAUUCUGCAUAAAAAUUUAUUUAGUUCGUAAUAAGUUAACGAGCACUGUUUGCAAACGUCUCUGACAUAAAAAUAGAAUGCAUUUUCUCAACUUCUUGACAAUGAACAGAGUACUUUAAGCCAGUACUUUCUUCUAAGUACUAUCACCGUUUGUUGUGUUAACUUUUUAACGACGCUUCUGACCUCCAGGCGUUAACUUAUGACUUACACCACUUGGGAAAUAUGUAUAUCCGUACAUACGAGUGUAUAUAAUUACGCACACAUCAUGAAUCCUUUAACUUUAGUUUCUAUAAAUGGACUUUGUGACAACAAACAAAUAUAUUCUUAUUGUUUUAAGUAUUUCUCAUUGUAAGUAAAGCUAAGCCAACCUAUUAUUCAUAGAUUAUGUUACGUAGCGACAACAACGGUUUUUAUAUGUGAAUAUGCAGUAUGUAAGAUUCUCGAGAGCAUUUUUGGUAUAAUUAAACAUACGGUUUCUUUUGUAUAAGUAAGGUCCUGGUCUAGAAUACCAAUAUUAUCGUUCUCUCGGCAAACUAAUGACCGCUUAAAUUAUAAAUUACAGAUAAAACCAAAAAUAAUCGGUAAUAUGUCAUAUACUUCUACCAAAAAAUGAUAUAGAACGAAUUCAUACAUUUCGCGUCUCAGCGAAAUUUUUGUGAUAUGGUGGUAUACAAUUCAAUGAAAGGACGAACGCAAUAAUAACACUCGACUGGGUAUUGGACGAACUCAUUUUUUCCAGGAGAUUAACAGUUUCGGUUUCGCGAAACAAAUUUAAGUGAAAAAUAAUUAAUUUCAGUUUCACCAUUUGACUUAAAUUUUAUUUAAAUGGUCACGCUUUGCCAUUUAAAUAUUAUUUAAAUACUGUCAUAUGCAACCAUGGUUACGUUUAUUAUCAGCUGAUUUCCUUUUUUUCCCCCAUUUUGACCAAGAACUACAAUUUAUUUGUUCACAUAAAUCAGCUGUUAUUCUUACUAGCAUCGCUGCCUUUUCAUUUUUUGGAUGCCAAAUGUCAAUAAUGAUGAAAUUCAGAAAAUUUAAGUGCAAAGUUAAAUAGAAAUUAAAAUUAAAUGGAACUUAAUUUCGUGAAACCGGCUGUAAGUCAUAAGCAGCUGUUACAUAUUUUUGUUUUUGCUUUUCAUAAGAGUAGGUAGGUAAGUUUCAUCAGCUGAUUGUUAUUUUUUUUAUUAAUUUCCACCAGCGAUAUUAACCGUCGAGUAGUAUUAAUGCUUUUUUAUCAAAAAAUACAGCAGAAGAGUUUCAUUUCAUUUUCAAGUCGAUUAAAAUUCAAUCAAAAAUUAAUGUAGAUUUUUAUUUUGUAUGGUAAAUCGAUCUUAAUCAGCUUUUUAAUUGAGCAGAGGCCGAUUUAUUGAUAAAUUAGCUCCUGUGUGAAAAGGCUUUACAGUAUCUGUCAUUUUUAAGCAAAAUGAAUCGAAGCAGAAUUGUUUGUCUGCACUCCUACUGACAAAUUAUAUCCCUUGAGAUGUUACCUACUAUGCAUUUUGACCUUUGUAUUCCAUUGAGAACCUUCCUUUCUCAAACUAAAACUACUUUUCCUAUGUAUUUAUAUUGAUUUUAUAUAAUUUGUUUAAUUUAGAACUUAAAAAUACUAUACGAUUUUUAUCCGUUUCAUAAUACAUUGUUGAUAAUAAAGAUUACCAAGUCUCCGAAACUUUCUUUUGAGUAGAUACUCUUAACCAAAAAAAUCCUAAACUAGAUACACCAGACAAAAUCCAUAAUAAAAAAAAAUAAAAUAUUUAAAAUAAUGCUUGACUGCUUUUAAAUUUUUAAAUAUUUCAAGCUUAAUACGGUAAAGUAUUUGAGCUUUGUGUUAAUAACACAGUUGAGUAUUCUAUUUCCCGUUGCUGUCAAAAGGUUCCGAAGCGGUCGGUUGAGUGUAUCGCCUGAGACUUUUGCCUUCGCGCGAAAUCUUACAAUCACACAAACGAUUACCCUUCACUGAACUCAGGCGAAAAAGGGUUGCUAUCAGCAACAGGAUGUAGCACUUGGAAACUUUUCAACGCUUAUACCUUGGAAAACUUCCUUUCGACGUGCGAAUGCCGAGGUAUUGAUGCUUGAAAAUAUCACUUUGCCUUUAAGUGGCCACAACUGCAGUUUAAACAAAAAUUACAGAAAAUAAUAAAUCAAAUGGAAUGAAAGCCAACAAAAUGAAAGCGGCUGCCAACAAAAAUAUUGUGUUGCGCGCUAUUUUGACAGUUCCAUUGUAAUGGCACACUCACAAUGCAUGGCACAUAAAUAUUUUGAAAGCAACGAGAAAGCUGCCAAUUUAUUAAAUUAUUACAAAUGUGCCUGCAUAGAAUGCAAAAUGCAAAAUAAGUACGUUUGUUCGCAUGCAGGGAGAUGCCGACAAGUGUCUGCUGUAUCAAAAAUUAGUACAUCAGCUUUGUGACGCGUGUGGGUGUGUGUAAGUAUGUUUGAAAGGUGCCGACUUAAAUUAGUCUGCGUUUUUGUUGCAUAGAAUGUGCACAAUAAAUUGUAUAUAUUACAUAUAUAUAUGUAUGUAUGUAUGUUUGUGUGUGUAUAUGGCAGAUAUAAAUAUUCGAGUGUGUGUGAGAACUUUUUCGCAAUAAAAAUAAAGCUGCGAAGUAAGCCAUUCAUUCUGACCCAUUGACCAUGUGAUUAAAAUUUAUUCGAUUAACCCCUUCAAAGUUAUCGGCGUUGUACAAGCCAUAUGCAUGCCGGUGUUUAACGUGCCAAUAUUGUUCGGGGAAAAGUUAAUGCGCUGGGUAGUUACCCUACUUUCAAUAACAGUGUUCAUUCUAUAUUUCAUAAAUUGACUUUACAUUUGCCUUUUCACUAAAUCAAAAUUUUUAUAUUCGUACAUUGGUGUCUAAACAAUAUAUCGUCGACUUAACGUGCAAAGGUGCUAAGUCCACUUAUGGUCAAAAUUGAUAUUUUGAAGAGAUUCGAUAGAUAAAUAUAAAACACAUCAGCUACAAAAAAAAAAUUGGUUUACUUUAUUUUAGAGCUAUUUUGGGCAGUGGUGUGCAAAAGUGCUAAGUCCGCAACUGUCAAAUCGCGCGGGCUAAGUCCACAUGACAAUGUGAUUGCUACCUAAAGUGUGAUUUGUCUUUUUUGCUAGGUAACACGGCAUAGCUACUGUGUUAUUCGACACUUCGCUUAGAUGUUUUUAUUGUGAUACUUUGUGUUUUAGGACUGGUGCCUUAUGGCUUUAAUAGCGAUUCGGAUGAAUCACUUGACCUUCCUUCUAAGUCACAAACGCGCAAAGAAAAGGAAAAAUGGAUAAUACAGCUUGGUUCGCAGCAAAAAAUAAAAAACAGAGAGAAAAUGGGAAACUUUAUCUGGGGAAAAAGAAAGAGAAUGGCCUGUGGAAUCAUCGAAGAGUUAGAAAUGCAAAAGUCAUUGGAGAGCGAUGUAGCUGUAAAAAAGCCACUAGUUCUGCUGCUCUCCACUGUGCAAAAAUUACUGAAGACCAAAGACAAGCAUUGUUUAAACAAUUCUGGCAAAUGGACUGGAAAGAGAAAAAGACUUAUGUAAAUACAUUGAUUCAAGUAACAACUCCUGCAAGAAUGCGAAAUCGCAAAGAUAAACACAAUAGCAGAAGGAGUCGAGCAUUUCAAUACCAUGUAAGAGUCGAGCAAAAAAGUGUUAAAGUUUGCAGAAAAUUCUUCUUGAACACUCUUAGCAUUGGCAGACGUACGGUGUUAAAUUGGGUUAAGCAGCCUACGAUUUCAAGAAACACUACACCGAACGCACCACAACAAAAUUGUAGCAUUGCACGUGAAUCUCUAAAUUCGUUUUUCAAUUCUCUGCCAACCAUGGAAUCACAUUACUGCCGUGCAACAACUCAAAAAAAAUAUCUUUUGCCAGAAUGGUCGUCAAAAAAACAACUCUUCGAAUUUUACGUAGAGGAUUGGUGUAAUGCAAAUGGAAAACCCCCACUCUCUAUUUCAGCAUUUUAUAACUCCUUUGCGGAUCAAAAGCUUGGUCUAUUCUUCCCUAAAAAAGAUCAGUGUGAAAUCUGUGCGCGACAUACUGUGGGAGAUAUUUUGGAUGACGUCUACAAUCUUCACCAGGCAAAAAAACAUGAAGCUAGGGAAGAGAAACAAAAGGACAAAAUCGAAGAAACCUUCGUGUUUACUAUUGAUCUGCAACCGGUCUCAAUGGCACCAAAAUCCCGAGUAAGCAGUCUUUAUUACCGCACGAAGUUGCAAGUCCACAAUUUGGUGUUUUACAAUUUGAUAAAUCAUUAUGCUUAUUGCUUCAUAUGGAACGAAGUAGAAGGUGGAUUAUCUGCCGAAGAAUUUGCAUUUGGGUGUACUUCAUCGAGAAUAAAAUAAUUCCAAAUCUUACCGAUAAUGCAGCUGCUACGAAAAUUAUUCUUUAUAGUGAUGGAUGUACAUACCAGAAUAGGAAUGUUUCUAUGAGUAACGCUUUGCUCAAUACAUCUAUUAAACAUGGCGUAAUAAUUGAGCAAAAAAUACUAGAAACGGGGCACACCCAAAUGGAAGCUGACAGCGUACAUUCAGUUAUCGAGCGUGUUAUUAAACACCGAAUUGUUAAUGUAUCAGCAGAGUAUAUUCAAAUAUGUCAGAAUGCUCGAAAGAAACCUACACCUUAUAUGGUAGAGUAUUUGGAUCAUACUUUUUUCAAAUGUUUCAAGGGUAUACAAUUUUUAAAAACAAUUCGUCCUGGUCGCGGAAAGGGUGAAUCAAAAGUCACCGAUAUUCGUGCGAUUAAAUACACACCGGAAAGGGAAAUAUUUUAUAAAUUGCGUUUUCCCGAGCCAUGGAGCUAUUUACAACAAAGAGUGGACAGAAGUGUUGUGCCAACGGAUUCGUCUAAUUUGCCACAGCUUCACCAAGAAAGAAGAAAAUUAACAGAAAGAAAAUACGCAGAUUUGCAAUAUUUAAAAACUUCUUUGCCAAGAGACUACCAUCAAUAUUAUGACGACCUGCCACAUGAGUGAUAUCUUCUUAUUUUUUAAUAUAUUUUUUUGUUUUGCUUAAUUUAUAAUUUCCAAACAGCAAUGAAUUAAGGCUGAACUGAAAUAUUAACUUUUUGUGAUACCUUAAAGUUUAAGGCUUAAACAAAGAUUUUCCAUUUAAGUACUUGUGUAUUCCUUUAAACGACAGCAACGAAGUAAGACUGUAUAAUAUUUUGUUGUGAUAAUAAAAUACGCCAUUUUCAAAAAAAAACUGCAAUAUUUCUUUUUCGAAAAUGUGCUAAGUCCAAUACAUCCAAGUGCAAAUAACUCCAGAAAAUGUGCUAAGUCCAAAAAAGGCCUAUAUAAAGGCGCUCGUUAAAUUUUUUAUUAUAUUUUUUUUUGUACUUAAAUGAAAUGUCACAGUUGACAAAACUGCGUUAGAAAAAUAAAAAAAAAAUUUAGAACUUCAAUUUUUAUUCAGUUUUUUUUUUGUUUUAUUUAAUAAUUCAAAAAUGGCACUUAGCACCUUUGCACGUUAAGCCGACGAUAUGUAUAUAUUUGAAGACAGAGGCUCCUUUCGAAGAAAAUUUAGAAUCCGCCAUAUACAUUCGAACACUCAUAAAUUGUGUUCCAAUAUUACAUUCCAUAGACUCCGAAAGAGUUUUCUCUAUGGAGAUGCAAUUAUAAUUGAAAUUGUAACACCAGUCGAAAUGUGAUAAAAAGUGAACGUUACAUUGCUCUUGUAAACGUAAAUUACUUCAUAUACCUUGUUGUCUGAUAAGAUUGCUCUUAAUUACCUAACUUUGAAAGUUUUCUGAAAAUUUUGACGUCACGCUCAAAAUUGCUUUUUGAUUAUUGCCUGUUUUUACUCAUCCAAACAUUGUUUUGCACUCUCAUUCUUCUUCACUAGUUUAACUUUAGCUGUCGAAGGUCAUUGUUCUUGCUUUGUGUCAAAACAAUUCCAAACUUUUAACGUUUGAAAAUAUCUCGAGUUUGUAAACAUUUUUGUUAGGCUUAUUCAAUCGAAGAAAAUGAAAAUUUCGUUUAGAGCAUACAUUCGUACAUAUUGUGAAACGUUUUAAAGUUCGUUAUGCUCCAAUGUAUUGUUAUUAGUUUAUUAUACCCAGCACACAAUGUUGAUGGUGAUGAAGAGAACGAAAACGAAUAAAUUUAUCGCCAGUAAUAUCGUAUUUUUUAAUUUCCAUCAGAACUAGAAAGAUGUCUAUUAUUUGAAAGUGGUGAAGUGUCGAAUGAGCAUGUUUAGAUUCAAAAUAGUACAUUGUAUGGCUAAUAGCUUAAGUUUUGGUAUUUGGAUUGGUUUAAGUUUUGGUAUUUGGUUUGGUAAAGUAUUAAUAUUGGGCUUAAUCAUUAAAUCCGCAGCGAAAUCGAUUUCGAUAUUCUUUUGCUAUUUCUAGGGCAACUUUCAAUCGCUUUUAAACACCUUAAAUUUAUUUUUGUUAGUGUUGUUAGUGUGUUUUUGUCUCUUGUCUCUAAAAUACCCAUUUAAAACAUUAUAUAGUCCGCCAUAAUUAAUUGUUUACAUAAAUACUUAUAAAUGGUUUAUUUCUCAUUCACCAACGGAUAGAUUUCGACCAAAAUUUUCGAUUUUGCGGAUUCAAUGAUUUCGAAAUUAGCGACAUCUAUUAGCCUCUGAAUGUGUUUUAUCAAGUCGGCAAUUGUGGUCAGUUCGAUCGAAAAUUUUAUUUCCGAUACGGUUUCAAUCAUUUCAACGUAAAAUCUUUCAAUCGUAUCGAACCAUUUUUCGAUCGAAAGGAUUCAAUGAUUAGACCCAUUAUCUUAAUGUUUAUAUUCUUUAAGUAAUAUGAGUGUUUUUAUUGCUUCUGCUUAUUUACCGAAAUUAUUGGAAAAAUAAUGAGAAAGUUUCCUGGUACAUUUUAAGAGAUCGAUCAAAUCCAGAGUCAGUGUAAGUGCAAUUACAUACAUAUGUAUGUACGUACGAGGGCUGCUAUAUAUAUUUCUGGCCUAAUAAUGAAAGUAGGAAUAUUUAUCAACGAAAAUGGUUUUAUUGUUUUUCAAAAUAUUCUCCAUCAAGAUUUAUACACUUUUGCAUGCGCUCAAACCAAUUUUCGAAACACUUUUUUUGAGCCUUUUUUUGAGCGAUUGUCAAAUUAUGCGGGAUCCAACGAGAACAAACCUUUUUUACGGCCAGGUGUUCAUGCUAUAUCGAAUGUAUGCUGGUGGGAGAAAUGCAUAGGCAUGCCUCUAUCUGAAGGUAUGUUACAUUGCGGUCUUGCAUUAUCAGUUCAUGUACGGCAUCGAUGUUUUCUGGCACAACGGCUGUUUUGGGACGACCUUCACGGAAUUCGUCUUUGAGCGAGCGUCGGCCACGAUUGAAUUCGUUGUACCAGUUUUUCACAGUGCUAUAGGAUGGUGCUUCAUAGCCAUACAAAGAUUUUUGUUCAUCGAUGCACUCUUGUCGCGAUAAUCCACGUCGAAAGUUGUGAAAAAUGAUCGCACGAAAAUGUUCACGAAUUAAUUCCAUUUUUUGGCCGAGAUGAUUUUUUUAAUUCCCUGUAAAUAAAACAAACGUUCUGAGUGAUGUUAUGCUAAAAAAUGUCAAACUUUCCAAUGGAAAUGUCAGAUUGCACCUGGCAACACUUAGUGUUGCCUAGGCCAGAAAUACACUGGUGGCCACAUAUUUAGGGACAAAAUAAAGUUGAGUAAAACACGCGUUUCAGUUCAAUGUUUUUAGCACUAAAAACUGUAAAUUGCAACGGUAUAUUAUAACUGUGCUCUCAUUACGGAGGACAGGGAAUAAAAUAAGAAAAAAAAAACGGCCCAGAAAAACUACUUCAAAGGACGAUCGUGUAAUUUGUAGAGUUUGCAAGGCGAAUCCUUUUUUAACUUCCAGGCAAAUUCUUGGCACGAUAAAGGAUCAACUGACCAACGAUGUAUCAACACGAACCAUCAGAUGUCGUCUUCUUGAAUCGCAAGAAAAAAACCGCACGUAUCAAACAAAAAUUUAAAGAGUCGUAUUAAAUUUGCAAGGGAGUAUAUCGGAAAACCCUUAGAUUUUUGGAAACAAAUACUGUUGAGCGAUGAAUCCAAGUUUAAUUUAUUUGGUUCAGAUGGGAAACAAUUUGUUCGUUAAAUUUUCAAUAAAUCUAUACCUUAGAAGAUAAUGAAUAUGGUAACUGAAGUUUAAAAAAAUAUGUCGCUUUUAAAUUAUAAAAUAAACCAAUAUUUUAAAAGAAAACGGAGUGUCCUUAACUAUGUGACCACCAGUGUAUAUAUAGCAGCCCUCGUAGUUUGGGUUUUAAAUAUUUGGUUAAGGUCAUCAAGGCAUGAAGGUUGCCCGUCUUUGGCGACUGUUUAGCUUGUAUGUACCAAGAGUACCAUUCAAAAGUGAAAUAUGACAUUCUCAUUAAUUUCUUGCAGUGUACACUUAUGUUGCAUACAUAUUUACAUAUAGUACAUAUCUAUGUAUAUAUGUAUGUACUUGUUUGCAAUUUCGCAUUUGAAAAAGUCGUUUUCCGUGCUUUUUACUGCUUCUGUAAGUGAGACUUUUAUUGCCGAUGUAUCACCAUAUUGUGCUGCCCGUGCACAUAAAAGUGUGCAAAUAAAGCUUUGUGAUUGACUUGGACUUGCACAGAGCUUCUCUGUGGACUUUUACUUUCCUCAGCGAAUGAACGCACUAGAGCUGUGCAGUUGCAUAGUUUAGUGCUCGUGUUUGCUAACUAACUAUUUCACGACCAUUGCCUAACAUCGUGCACACUUUGUGGUGCGGUGUGCCUUUACAUGGAUUGAAUUGGUUGAUGUUGAUGUGUUAAUUAUUUCUAUUGUUUUGUGUUUAUUUGGUUUUGUAGCCACUACUCGUGUUAUAUGUGUAGUCAUGUAGUGUAUGUUUGAAUGUGUGCAUUCCCGAGCUUAUGGUCGACUUGAUGUGUACCUACUAAUGUUUUCAAAUGUACUCACAAGUAUGUGUGAAUGUGUAAUUGAACCAACAUAGACACAUACAGACAUACAUAAGUAUUUUGUUAAUUGUACUACAUGUCUUAUAUGGAUUUGGAAUGCUUAGAGAACGAGGAGUGUGUACAUACAUACAUAUACAUUCAUAUGUAUGUACCUAUGUAUGUACCUAAAUAUAUUUAUUUUUAUAUAAAUGUACAUAUAUGUGAGUUGUGUAGUUCGUGUUUAUGUUUCCCUACACCGUUGCUGCCGUCAUCGCUGCCGCUACACCUUUUCAUCGUCACGCUUUUCCGCAACUCGCAACACGCUUGUCGGCAUGUGAGUGUGUGUUUGCGCCAACAGUUGAGCUCAGAGUUUAGCAUUCGCUACAGUGACUAGUUGCAAUCAUCGCAUUGAAUGGGACGGCACGGGCGCGAGAAACGGCCAAUCGAUAGGAAAAGUCUUAGGCGCGCGUUUAUCGGCUGCAGCUACCGGUGAUUAAUGCCAUAAUCGGAAAUAGUGUAUGCAGAUGCAAUAUAAAAAAGAAAAGCGGUAAUAACUGUAAUAGUGACGAAGUGUAAUCUCUGUUCGUCGGAGUGAAUAAUUUUAUGCUCAUGAGGAGAUAACAGCAAAUCUUAUAUCGGUUCUAGAUUAAAUUUAAUGGCUAAUAUAAACGGUUCCCCUACUUUUUGCUGCUACUUCGUUGCUCUGGGAAAAUUCAUAUUCUUCGACAUCUCAGCUCAGAUUUAGCUUGGGUAACACCCCGACACCCUUGGAUUCGCCCUGCGUUUAGUUGAACUCACUUAUCAACAGGCUUUAUGAAACCGAUAAGGCAAGCGUUUUGUUCUUCAAAUAUUUCUCAGUGUAAUCCAUACAACCGUGCAAAAUACCCAUAAGUUUAUCAAUCAUAACAUUUAUACAGCGCUCGUUAAUCAACACAAAAACAAUUUAUUUGAAGCAAGUAAUAUUUUUUAUUCAAAAUACAUUCAACCGAUAUUUCCUAUGAUGAGAUACGCCACUUUGUUCUACUCGUUUUAAGUUUUACAACUGUAGCUAAUUUCACUAGUAUAGCGUUAACUAAUUUUCAAUUUAUUAUCC